UGUCAAGCUGGAAAAAAAAAACUGUGAUGAAGUAAAUAUUUUUCCAGGCGUUAUUUUCAUCAAAAAUACAAUAUUUACCGUAUAAUUCUCUAUAAUUUGUGUUUAAGAAAUCAUGAAGUGUAUAUAUAAGUAGAUUUCAAUAAGUUUUGAUCAGUUGUUAAGUGUAAAACAAGCAAUUUACGAAUAAGAAUCAUGGAAAGUGUGUGCUGUAUGACCGGUUGUACCAUGGUGCCAAGUGAAGAUUUAUACUAUUUCAAGUUACCAACUAAGCCGACACUCCGGCGCCGCUGGCUGGAAGUUAUAAAGCCGGACUACAAGUUGAGUUUGGACGCGAGCGUCUGCAGCGCUCACUUCGCCACCACAGACUAUGAGACCGUCCGCGGGAAGACCAGGUUGAAGAGGAACAAGGUGCCGAUGAUGAUUGAGGAGAAAAAACCCCAGUCUUCAGACGAUGAGUCAAAACAGAAACAAGAAACAACAAAAACGGGCAAAAAAACACGAAGAAAAACAUCCAAUAGUAUAAAAGAGAACGGAACAAAAAGUGAGAAAAAAACAAAACAUGAGAAACAAAGAAAUGUUAGUGAGAAACAUACGAGAAAUGGCGAGAAACCGACCGAGAGUGAUUGCAAAGAUGAGAAAAUAAGUGAAGGGAGUGUCGAUGGUGAUACAAGAAAUUUAGAGAUGACGAGUCAAAACAGAGAUGAGAUUGAAACAGACGCAGAAGUUGAUAGAAAUUGUCAGAAUAGUGUUUGUGAUCCGAAUUCGAUUGAAAUACAAAUAACUCCAGACAUCAUUGAAGACUAUAGUUCUAUGCAAGUCACUCCCGAUAUAAUAGAUGAUUAUGAUGCAAUGAAACCACCAGAUCCUAUGGAGCCGGACAUUAAUCACGAUAUAGAGGACAUUCUGACAAAUUAUCACAUCAUGAACCCGCCCAGCCGGCGAGACCGGGAACAAACGAGCGAGAAACCUAGUGAAGAUGGCGAGAAACACGGAGAAACUGUAGAGAAACCUAAUGAGUCUGGAGAGAAACCUGUUGAGACUGAUAAAAAUUGUGAGAAACCAAUUGAUAAGCCAUCCGACAAAUCACCUGAUGCUGAGGAACCGACUGAGAAACCAAGUGAGAUACCAGCUGAGAAACCUAGUGAGAAAACUGAUGAGAAACCUAGUGAGAAACCAAAUGAUGAAGUGCAAACAAUAGAUGACGAUGAUGAUUUACCGCUGGGCGUGUCGAGCAAACCUGUUUUUAUCGAAAUACCAGUUGAUAAAGAUCCUAACCCGGGAACGGGCGGGGACUGCCUCAUGGUGCUGGAGAGUCUACAAGUGAACAUUGAUCCGUCAACGCUCAUGUUGUCAGAGCGAGACGAAGAUAUAGAGGAGAUAGAGAUAGGUGAUGAUACGGAUGAUGAUGAGCCUAAGAGCCGGGAUCCGAUCAGUCUCCUGACUUCGAGCGACGAAGACGACGUCAUCAUUGAAGAACCGCACAUCGACACUGUAGUAGUCUCGGACGACACCGACGAAGACGACAUGCCCCUGGUCAGGUUGGUGAAAUCCGACUCGAAUGUGGACAUAUCCAAAAUAUUCUGGGGCGCUCACGAUUACUAUUGCAACUUCUGCGCUUUCUGCACAUUAUCACCGUCACAAUACAGGAGUCAUAUGAAGACUCACACGACUAAAGCUCUGCAGAUUUGUCAGAUAUGUGGCUUCACGACCGCCAGCGAAGCUCAGUUCACGAGGCAUAAGAAGAAACAUAAAGAUGAGAGACGGCAUAAGUGUCAUUUGUGUGAUUAUAAGGCGAGGCAUAACAUGAGUUUGAUAUACCAUCUGAAGACGCAUAAAGAUAAAACGUUCCGUUGCAAGAAUUGUAGUUUUACGAGUGAUGUCUCCAGCAGGGCUGUGAAGCAUGCGAGGGUCUGCAGGAAGGUGAAGGUCCACAGCUGCUCCAAGUGCGGCUACUCCACGAGGCGGGGCGCCGAUCUGAGGAGGCACGCGCUGAAGAGACAUCAAGACAGUGACGGCGAGUGGGCUUGAGGAGAUUAAAUGUAUUUUGAUGA